AUGCAUGUGCUGGACUUGCUGCGGAGCGCGGACACUAGCAGCGGUGGGCAGGCACUAAACCUGAUACUAGUCGACCUGCGCCGCAAUGACCACGAGGGUGGCACGAUUCGCGGAUCCAUUAACCUCCCAGCCCAAAGCCUCUAUCCUACUAUCCCGACGCUAUAUAGCAUGUUCCGCGCCGCCGGCAUCCGGACGGUUAUCUGGUACUGCGGGUCCUCCCACGGCCGUGGUAGCCGAGCCGCCAGAUGGUUUGCUGACUAUAUUACGGAGCGCGAAGACGUAGAAAUAGAGAGUGCCAUCCUGGCCGGAGGUAUUAAGGCGUGGGUCGCCGCCGGCGGCGAGCACCUCGACUAUAUGCAUGAGUACGAUGCGACCAAAUGGGACCAGCAGGUGUGAUGAGGUGGAGCGGCGGCCUAUUUUGGAAUGACUAGUGGCCACAAUCACCUUGUAUGUUUACAAACAACUGCUCUAGACAGCGCUCAACUUCCAAGGGUGCCAUGAUUCGUAUAAAAUCGCUGCGUCCUAAGGCUCCGCUCCGCUCCGGAUCACGGAGGAGAAGCCGGAGCCGAAUCCGGAUCGGAGUGGAGUCCGUAUCGGGCCUUGGUGUGAUUUCCCUGGCCAGGAAGGACUAAAGCCCCGGAGUCCUUCCAGCCUCAUCACGCUGCAUACAGAGGGGGC